ACAAAGUAUUUAAUAAACAGAGUCCUGUUUAUUGUACGAUGUAUAUAUAAAAAGUUAGUUCAAAAUGAAUAAUAUUUUAACUUUUCCGACAUUUAUUUGUAUCUUACUUUUGGGGAACACGGUAUCACAGAGUUCGGCUCAGAGUGUGACAACUUUUAAAACAAUUAAUAUAACAGAUGAGUAUUUUCUUCAAAUGAGUAGGAGUUUAGACAGAGGUCCCUAUUUUGAUACUUCUGCAACUAAAAAUGUUACAUCAUUAGUCGGUAAAACAGGACAUCUAAAUUGCCGUAUUAAAAAUCUGGGAAAUAAAACGGUAUCGUGGAUACGUCAUAGAGAUCUGCACCUUUUAACAGUAUCUGAAAGCACCUAUACGUCGGAUCAAAGAUUCACUUCUAUUUACAACAAACAAACUGGAGAUUGGUCUUUACAGAUAAAGUUUCCUCAAUUAAGAGAUUCAGGAAUAUACGAAUGCCAAGUAUCAACCACCCCACCAGUUGGAUACACCAUGAUAUUUUCAGUUGUAGAGCCCAUUACCAGCAUUCCAGGAGGUCCGGAGGCUUACAUUGAUUUGGGAUCAACGGUUAACCUAACGUGCAUUGUUAGACAUCUUCCAGACCCACCUAUUACAGUACUUUGGACGCAUAACAAUCAGGAGAUAAACUAUGAUUCCCCUCGAGGAGGAGUGUCUGUUAUCACAGAAAAGGGAGACAUAACAACAUCAUACCUUUUAAUUCAACGUGCUAGAAUUUCUGAUUCAGGGAAAUAUUCCUGCUUACCUUCAAACGCAAACCCCAAAUCUGUAAUUGUCCACAUUUUGAAAGGAGACCAUCCAGCAGCUGUCCAAAAAGGCAAUAUACUACUGGCGGAUACAUAUAUCCUUUUUUUAACAAUUUUGUGUGCAUUCAAGUAAUCCAUGAAAUAAUUAUGUGACUAUAGUCUUUUUUUACAAAAUAAAUGAAUAACUACACCAAUGAAAA